CGAGCUCAGUCCCCCCGCUCCUCUCCCCAGAUCUACAUGCACCUGCGCUACUACAGCUCCCCGAACGAGCAGCGCCACAUCGUGCGCAUCCUCUUCAUCGUGCCCAUCUACGCCUUCGACUCCUGGCUCAGCCUGCUCUUCUUCACCAACGACCAGUACUACGUCUACUUCGACACGGUGCGCGACUGCUACGAGGCGUUCGUGAUCUACAAUUUCCUCAGCCUGUGCUACGAGUACUUGGGAGGGGAGAGCGCUAUCAUGUCGGAAAUCAGAGGGAAGCCCAUCGAGGCGAGUUGUCCAGUCGGUCAGUGUGUGUAUUAACCCCCCUCUCUCUCUCUCCAGGCCACUCUCCAGUUCUGUGUGGUCAAGCCCCUGAUGGCCAUGAUCACGGUCAUCCUGCAGGCCUUUGGGAAAUACCGCGAUGGAGACUUCAACGUGGCCAGCGGCUACCUGUACGUCACCAUCGUCUACAACAUCUCGGUCAGCCUGGCCCUGUACGCCCUCUUCCUCUUCUACUUCGCCACGCGCGAGCUGCUGAGCCCCUACAGCCCCCUGCUCAAGUUCUUCAUGGUCAAGUCCGUCAUCUUCCUGUCCUUCUGGCAGGGCAUGCUGCUGGCCAUCCUGGAGAAGUGCGGUGCCAUCCCCCAGAUCAGCUCCCCGGAGGUGUCGGUGGGCGAGGGCACGGUGGCGGCCGGCUACCAGAACUUCAUCAUCUGCGUGGAGAUGUUCUUCGCCGCCCUGGCGCUGCGCCACGCCUUCACCUACACCGUCUACGUGGACAAGAGGCUGGACUCGCAGGGCCGCUGUGCCCCCAUGAAGAGCAUCUCCAGCAGCCUGAAGGAGACCAUGAACCCGGGCGACAUCGUGCAGGACGCCAUCCACAACUUCUCGCCCGCCUACCAGCAGUACACGCAGCAGGCCACCCUGGAGCAGCGCAGUGGGCACGCCGCCGCCCGCACCCUCAGCGCCGCCAGCGCCCGCGACAACGAGAAGACGCUGCUGCUCAGCUCCGACGACGAGUUCUGAGACGGUGGGGGGCGCGCAGCAGACACAGACGCACACACAGACAGACACACACACACCCGGGACAGACACAUGCGCCACAUCGUGCUGACAGCGAGCUGCGUCCCUCCCUCCCUCUCGCCCGUGCGUUUCUGCAGUAGCCCCGUCCCCAUCCUGGUCCAGUCGUUUGGGGUGGAGGGUACCGCCUCUCAAACGGGCUGUCCUGUCCCGGAUUGUUGCACUAACGAGCUGCGAAUGAUUAAGGGUUUCAGAUGGACUACCCCACUGCAUUAUGGGAGCAAGCUUGUCUCUCUCUCUCUCCUCCCCCCCCCUCCGGCUCAGCUCCUCGGCCCCACUGAUCUUAUAGGAUGUGGAAUCGGAGAGUUCGAGAGAGAGGAGAUUCACGAGCCCUCUGUGCGCCUGACAGGGCUCCGGCCUCUAGCCCCAGCAGGCCGUGCUGACCGAAGAUCACUGGGCCCCUCUUCACUGCAGCUGAAAGCAUGUAGUCCCAGCUGUGCCCACCAGAGGGCGGCGCUAACGCCGAGCACAGUGCUCGAUCCCCACAGGACACCGUAAGAGGAAAAGGGCAGCCGACAGGUUAGUGAUGCAGGGAUGGGGGUCUGGAGAUCAGGAAGUCGGUGGGAUUGAGUCCUGGGUGGAGACGCUGCCUGUUGUACUUUUCCCAAAGGGUGCCGGACUGGGAUCCAGUACACUGCCCAGCUGUACCAAUGGGCACAAACGCAAGAUGCUUUAAGACAGAAGCGUUAGACAAAUAAAUGUGUAGACGGAGGCAGUGCUGACAGAGAGAGGAAUUUCGCAAGAGACGGGAAAUUUUACUUUGCUUUCUCCCAUCGACACAGGCUGGGCUCCUAACCGCAGGGUUGCCAAACUGAGCAGGAAGUCCCCUGCGGUGAAGGACCCCUGGUCCGUGCUUCUGCUCUUUCGGGCGUCCUAAAAUAUGCCAGGACCUUCAUAAUCACAUAUCAUGUUUAUUUAAAGAGCAAAUUUAAUUGUUGUGGGUCAUAGCGUUUUUUGAAUGCUGUUAAUAGUGCAGUAGCUGGUUUAAUGAGGGCUCUCUUGUGUGUGGGUGUGUGUGAGAGAGAGAGAGGCUGGAGUGAUCGAUUUCUCCUGGAUGGGUUCAGCCAGUGUCUGGUUCUAGAAGGGCUGGCCAGGUCGGGUUCUGAGCGCCCUGGUGCAGUAGGCCGCAGUCCGUGUGGAGCUGGAGCUCGGGUGAGCAGACUGCUGAAGUGCAGAGUGCUCUGAUGCGGUCCUUGACGUUCCUUGAGCUGCUUCACUGAACAGGCCAGUUGUCUCAGUGGUCAGAACAGGAUUGUUUCAGGCGUGAAGAUACUGGUGAUCUUGGGGUCGCCCUGUUAACCCUGUGGGACUGGGGUUCCCCAGGAGCAGGGUGUGCCGCCCCUGUGCCGUACGACUGCUGGGGACUGCUGGCACUGGAAAUGGGCCAGGAUGCAGUGCCCAGCGGGGGCCUGGACCAGUCUGGAUUGGACUGGCAGUGGGCGCUGCCAGUGAGAGAUGGGGUUGUGUCCAGGCUCAGCACUUUUCACAAAACCCCAGGACACAAACUCUCCUGCUGGUUCUGUUUAAGCCCAGACUUGCCGCCUGUCCUGGUCUGGUCAGGGCGAUGGUGAUCUCUGCCCGUGAGCUGUCGGCUCGGUGUGUGCCGAUUCGUUAUCAAACCAAGGCCUCCGAUUAACGAGCGCCGGUCAUAUGGGGAGAGGGGGGUCGUUCACCCUUCGGGGUUAAAGGGUAGAGAGAGGUGAGUCUCGAACGCACGCGUUUGCUCCGAAGCGCGCUUCACUGCUGCUGCUGUUUGAAAAGGGAAUGAAGUGGUGAAGGGCUCACCUGUCCCAGGUAGUUGGGAGGCCAGUGUUUUUGCAGUGAAGCCGUUUCCAGUGUAAGGUACCAUUUCAUCACUGUACAGUGCCGGCGAAGGUGUCAGACACUAUAUUGUAACUGUAUAUAAGCCAUGCCAGUGCAAGACACUAAACUGGAUUCAGAUACGGCUGGCGUGAAUCUAAGAGCCACACUGGUUUCAAACCUUUCAUUAUAAAUGUAAACUGAUCAUAUCAGAGUGACUCCACAAUAUUACUGUAUAUCGACCAGGGCCACACAGAGCCUACAUGGGGCCGGUGUCAAACACUACCUUAUCUGUCAACAAGGCCGCGCUGGACUGUAUCUAGGCCGCCCCAGAGUGAACUUUUCUCAGUCCACAGCAGAGCGUGUGGAAAUAUCUCCUGCAGUUCAAGGCAGAAGGAUUGUUUUCACAAGACCCCCUCGAUCCCUUGUUCUAAAAUGUGGCCAGGCUCCAGCGUGCACACGCCUGCUCACCCCUGACGCACACCUCUCCGCCACAGGGCUGCUGGGAUACAUGACGGCUCCCGUCUUUGCUUCCUGAGGAGACGGCCUGAGCCUUUUCAGGGUCGGUCCGCGCGCGGAGCUGACGGUGCUCAGCGUCCUCGUUACUGACCGCCUGUGGUCAGUGCUGCGAUUACAGCCCACCUCCCUCUCUGAGAGGAGGGUGGUCAGUGUGUUACUUACUGACCGCCAGUGGUCAGUGCUCUGAUUGCUGUCCACUUCCUUCUCUGAGAAGAGGGUGGUCAGUAUUGCCAUUGGUCAGUGCUCAGAUCACUGACCACUGCUCAAUUCAUCUUUCGAUAUUUGGGUCAAAUAUAAGACUUUCAUCUCACCCUCGUGUUUCUGUACGAUAUUCCUCUGUGUGUAAGUUUUAUUUUUUUAAUAUUAUUGCAGAAUUAAAUAGGAUAUUGUAAAUAAAAAGAAAAUAAAGCGCCAUAAGAGGUAUGAUGAUGUAUAUCAGAGAAAAGAUUAGUUUUGUAAGGUCACUGUUCUAAAUUGGGUUUUAUCUUCUGAGAUUCUGGUUCGGUUGGUUAUUUUCUUUCUUGGAUGUUGGCAUAUCGCUUCACAGAUUCUGCUUCUAUUUUUCGUCAUUGUGAUGUUCAAACAAAAGAAAAAGAAAUAAAGUAUAUAGUUUUGUCCUUAAGUA